AUGGCGCCGGCGGUGGUGAAUGCCGGCCAAGGCCUCUCCGUCACACCGACUGUCGAUGUCAUCGACACGGAUAAGUUCCCGGCAGACGGUCCUCUCCUCCAGGGAGCCCGCGUCUUUGCUCGACUCGCCAAGCGCACCGAAGACCCGUCCAAGGGCGUCCUCGACCCUCACGACAUCAACAAUGUCGGCUUCUUCUUCCUUUUCGCGCUCAUUGGCGUUGCCUUUGUCGUCACCGGCAUCUGGUUCUUCUUCUGGGCCAAGAACGGCGGUAUUUGGUUCAAGGACGAUGAUUGGGACGACUACAAGUCUACGGUGUUGCGUCGCAAGGGACCCAACGGCACGAUUCUCUCUGGAGCUACCGAGUCGACUAAUUUGGGAGGCGGCAGCGUUUACAAGCGAUACGACGACCAUGAUGACGAUGACAGGCGAACUGCAAUCACGGACAGCACUUACUUGACUGGCAUUACCGCGGGCGCGAGUGAUAUUUUUGCUCGCGAGAAGCGCAAGAAGAAGCGUGAGGCUCGCGAUGAGGAGCGCAGAAAGCGUCGCGGAGAGAAGGGCAAGUCGACUGGCAAUGCAUUUGAGGGCGUCGUGGAUGAAAAGGCGGAGCGCGAGGCCAAGAAGCAUCUGCGCAGCUACCGUCACGAAAAGGCUGCUCGCGUCGGCGGAAUCAACAAGGAGGCCGAGGGCUCUGAAUGGGAAGGAUCCACGAACGCGGCUGAGUCUUCUGUUGGUGCCACGUCUGAACUGCUCGCGCACCAGGAACCCACGCCCACCUCGGACCCCCCCAAGGCAUCUGCUCCCCCCAAGACGACGGCCAAGAGCGGCGGCAUUCGAAAGGUGUACUCGACUGCGGACCGCAGAGAGAGCAAGGAGGCGGAGCGGGAGCGUGCCGAGGCCCGAAGACUGCGGGCGGCGAACAGGGUUGCCCAGCGAGACUUUGGAUACCAGCGCGCGGCGGGAGCGGUGACGAACAGCCAGCUGAGCGAGAGUUUGCUCUCGGGCAGCGGCACUGGCGAUUCGACUACCCUUGGCGAGAGCAGCAUCCCUGAGGAGGAGAGCGAGGUUGGCACCAAGAGCUAUCACCAUCCUAUGCCUGAGCUGAAGGAGCAGAGGCGGAGGGAGAGAGAGGAGCGCAGGGCGAGGCGCAGCAAGAGCGGAUACCGACGUGGAAAUACGGAUGAGAAUACCGAUGUUUAA